AUGGAAGUGUCCAAGGGCAGGGAGCUGGAGCUUCGCUUCUCCAUCUCUGAGGUUCCUGCCGUGGUGGUGCUGAAGCCCAACGGGGAGGUGAUCGUCGGGAAUGCCGUGGAGGAGAUCCGGAGCAUGGGCACCUCUUGCUUCAGGAACUGGCAAGAAGCUGCCGAGCUGGUGGACAGGAAUUUCCUCUUGGCAGAAGAUUUUGAGGAUCCCACCAGCAGAAGCAUCACCCACCCCCUGCGCCGCCUCAAGUACAAGCUGGACAAGAAGAAGGAGAAGAAGGAAACGCGGGAAGAAGGGGAAGAGUCUCCAUAG